UUAGUAAAUUUAUGCAUGAGCACAACACAAAGAACAACAGUAUUUUCUUCAUCGCCACACAGACCAUCACAAACUACAGUUGUAUCCAGACAAACAGCCUCUUCAGCUAGGGCUCCACUAACUGCAACAACCACACCACUUAUGACAGAAACAUUCACAUCGAAAACUGUGUCCACAUCAGUACAAACACAAUCUAUUCCUCCCACAAUGGAAUCAUCCACAACAACAACAACAACGACACAUAGUACAGGAUCUAUUGCAUCAUCAACUCAAAAACCAACACAAAUUACAGAUGUAUCCAGACAAACAGCAUCUUCAGCUAUGGCUCCACCAUCUGCAACAACCACAUCAGAUACUUCACAAACAUCAAAAUCAGUCACAACAGAACCAACAACAGCUGCAACACAACCUGCUGAAUCAACAGCACUUUCCAGCACUUUGACACAUAGUGGAUCAGUGACUACAAGAACACAAACUACACAACCUAUGACAACAGCAUUCACAACACAAACUAGGUCAACAAUCGUACCAACAGAAUCUAUAACGCCCACAAUAGAAUCAUCAACAACUCCAACACAAAGUACAGCCAUUUCUGUUUCAUCACCACAAAAAACAACACAAACCCCAGUAGAAACAGUACAAACAACAUCUUUAGAAAAAGGUGCACCAUCAGUAGCAACUAAAUCAGUGACUUCACACACAUCUGGAUCAUUAACAACAGAGCAACCCACAGCUGCGCAACAAACUAACCAAUCGAUGGAAAUUCACAGCACAUCUGGUCCUAGUGGAUCAUUACCUACAUCCACAGGAACUACACCACUUAUCAUGGAAACAUUCACAUCGAAAACUGUGUCCACAUCAGUACAAACACAAUCUAUUCCUCCCACAAUGGAAUCAUCCAGCAACAACAGCUACACAAAAUACACCACCACAGGUUAUGGUUGCAACCACACAAUCAGCAACUUCAACAGGAGCUGCACCAUCUGCGACAACCAAAUUGGGGACUUCACAAACAUCAACAACAGCAGCAUUAACAACAGCGCAACCCACGGUUGCAGGACAAACUGCAGAGUCAACGGCAAACAAAACACCCAAUUCCCUGGAUGCAUCAACUCUAAAUCCCAUUGAAGCCAACAUAACACAACAGCAAGUUGAUCCUAACUCUGUUCCUUUUUCUCGAGGAAAUAUAGUUUUUUUCAACCAUACCCCCGAAAUUGCUGCUGUCAGGCCGCUUGACUUUGGUUACCCAUCUGUCAUCUGGACCACAUUCCAAGUUACAAGCCAGUCAGACCAGAACGACACAAAUCAGAUUCCUACAUUUCCCCCCACAAGUGUGAACAAUGGUUAAUGGACUUGCCGUUUAAAAGAUCCAACCACUCAAAGAACUUUACAGUACAUGUCUACAUUGACCCUUUCAGGCUCACGUUCAUGUCAUGCAAAGUCAAAGGCCAUCACGAUCUAAUCUAGAUAACAUUGAUAUUGUACACCCUGAUGGCAAGUUGGCAGCAUUUUGGCAUUCAGUCUCCUUCCCAAGGGCCGGAGGAGCUGGGAAUUGAAUCGGCGAUGAUCAAAUUAGAAGAAACUGAUGGCUGGAAAUCCUGAGUUUAAGUCCAGACAAACCCUCACUUAUGUCAUACUUCAGAAGAAUGUUCGCCAACACCGAUGGAUUUCCCGAGAAAAAUGAGCACAUCCCAAAAACAAUCAUAAUAAAUCAAAUGGACGUGAACACAUGUUUCAACUUGCUAGCUUACAUCGUAGACUAAGCAGAUAUCAUGUAUAUAACGUCACUGAUACACGUCUACACAGCUUCUCACGCUGAAUGUGAGUCGUCUUUGUUCAGCUAGUUAUAGCUCAUAUUGGUGGUGGUUUGGUCAGUUAGACCCUCACUGGUCUCUUCUGUCUGUGCGUCCUAAAAGUUACACAAAUUAAUAUUCUAAAUACAUGCUCAUAGCAAAGUGUACACAUUUUCAAAGUUUUUUUCCGUGGUAUUUAAUUGUUGUUGUGUUUGUUUCUGGGUUUUAUUGCCACCUAAUUUUUGAGGUCAAUUAACACUUUCAACUUAU